CUAGAUUGAAGAAUCUAUCAAAAUAUUGUAAAUUUGAAGGAUUGUUGGAUGAAGCUUUGAGAGAUAAAUUCAUCUUUGGUUUACAUUCAGAACAUAUUAAACGGAGAUUGGUAACGGAAGAUGAUUUAACAUUUGAAAAAGCAUAUAAAAUAGCCACAAAAAUGGAGUCAACAGAGUAUCAAAGAGUUGGGAGGCCUAGAAAUGAUGAAGAGAAUAUUAAUCAAUUGGAUAAUGAUAAGACAGAUGAGAAGCUAAAUGAAGAAAGCAAUCAGAAUAAAUUAAAUGAAUGUUCAUCUGAAGCAAAUCAAGAGUCAAUUAAUAAAGCAUUGCCUAUAAAACAAAUGUGUGCACCAUAUAACAAAGUCCAUAAAGAUUGUAGUGCUAUGAAUACGAGAUGUAUUUCUUAUAAUCAAGUGGAUCAUACAUCAUCCAAAUCUCCUACAUUUAAAAACAGAAUUUGUAAUAUAGAAAAUCAAGAAGACAAACAAAAUCUAGAAGAGAAUGACAAUAUUCUUGAAUUAAAAUUUAUAGAUAUCGAUACAAUUGAUACUUCAGAGGAGGUACGAAAAAAAGUACAUCCAAAUUACGCAACCUGUGACGAAAACAGAAGACAUGGUAAAAGAGUCAUACACGAAAAACGAUUUGACGAUACAUAUGAUGACGACAUAGAUGAUGAUUGCGAUUCAUCUUCGCAAUUGCAGACUUCAUGUAAGAAGAUAAAAAUAAAUGAAAAUUCGGAAUUGUCUGGGCAGAAGUCUUUGCAUGACAAACAAUUUUUGCAUAAAAAACAACUUUCAUGUAAUAAAGUCUCACAAAUUACCGCCUUUUCUACAUCAAAGCCUUUUCUACAAUCAUUGUGUGAUAAAUCACAAACACAGAUAGUUGAUCCACUACAAAUAGUACAAAUGGAAGAGUGUAAUGAUUCGUCCGAAUUUGAAUCGCAAGAAAUGAACGUACAAAAUCUUGAAUUUAUUUCAACUACUUCCCCAUCAGCUGCAGUUGGUGACAGUGAAAAGCUGAUUCCACUUUGUGAAGAAAUAUUAAGGUAUGUAAAAGGUAUUGAUAAAAGGCUGAGAGUUUUGGAAAAAAGCUUAAUAAUUGAAGAAGAGCCUGCAGAAAUGAACGUAUUCGAUGACAUACUUCCGAUCAAUUCCAUACAUGAUCUCAAAAAAUUUGAGGAAAGUAUGGAAACAACUGAAACAAAAACGAAGUUUAUGCAAUUUAUGAAAAGAAUCGGAGGAAAAGGCAACAAAAAUAUGAUACAACGGUGUAUGAGCCGUUUAUUUACAAAUGAAUUUGGCAUAAGUUGUUCUUGGUGUGGUCGCGGAAGUAAUCAUCGCAUGUGCGAUUUAAAAUGUAUCCAAAUUCUAAAAAUUGUGUUAAGAGCCAAAGGUAUCAACGAAUGCGAAUUUGAAACUAUAGCAAGCGAAUGGUUCCGCCUUAGCAAGUUACGAUAUGAUCGCGGAAAUAAAAGAGUAAUCUCUACUGACGAUUGUGAUCCACAGGAAAAGGAGACAUAAUCUGUUAUAUUGUAACAAUAUAUUUUUACAAAAAGCUGUUCUCAUGGUGGAAGAAGACAGGUGAGUCAACGCGCAUAACGACAGUUCAGAACAAUAAGUGGCCAAUCAAAUUUUGGUCCUAAAUAGUGUAGCGCGAUA